UUUUUUUCUAGUUACACAGCCAUCUAAUUUUACAUUAAUUUGCCACUUAUUGUGAAACUAGCUUAAGUCAUUCGUUUUAAAUACUGAGGUCAUGCAAACUCGCAUGGUCAUCUACGUUAGAACUUGGAAGUCUCCAUAAUUAAGCAUGUGUUUGUUUUAAUAUGGAGAGAUCAGUCUGAUAGAAAUGGAUCUUUCAAGCUCUGGUCCUCUGGUUUUAGAGACCUUGACUAAUGCUUGUUGCCAGAAUGCCGAUGUUCUUAAGCCUGCAGAACGCCAACUUCAGCAAUGGGAAACACAACCAGGAUUCUACACUAUUUUAAGUGAGAUAUUUUCCAAUCACAAUAUCAGCAUAAAUGUGAGAUGGUUAGCAGUGUUGUAUUGUAAGAAUGGAGUGGAACGCUAUUGGAGGAAAACGGCCCCAAAUGCCAUGUCCGAAGAUGAAAAGGAGAGACUUAAGUCCAAGCUGAUUUCCAAUUUUUCAGAGCCAGUUCCACAGAUCGCCACACAACUGGCUGUCUUGAUUUCUAAGAUUGCGCGAUUGGAUUGCCCCCGUAACUGGAAUUCUCUGCUUCCUGCACUUUUCCAAGCUGUCCGUUGUGAGGACCUACUUAUCCAGGAGAGAGCGCUUCUCAUUCUUCAUCAUGUGACAAAAACUCUGGCCUCUAAAAGACUGCCACCUGAUAGAAAGCUGUUUGAGGAACUGACUGGUGAGAUAUUUGGCUUUGUUUAUGGACUUUGGAUCAGAGAUCUUGACCUAUUUGCUGAACUCUCACAAGUCCAUAGUGAUGAAAUGGGACCCGCAAUGGAUAGGGCAAACCUGUCUUGUAAAAUCAUCAGAAAACAGAUUGUUUACGGCACCAAAGAUCCUUCGACUAACCAAGAUAUGUCCAGCUUCUUAAACCAGAUAUUUGUCAGACUGAAGCAGGUCCUGGGAUUUAGACAGAGUAUGUGGGGGAAUCACCAAGUUCUUGAAAAAUGUCAGAAAAUGAUUCUUCUGAUUACUAAAAUUUUGUUAGAUUUACUGGACAUCCAUCCUAUCUCAUUUAUACAGCUGAUCAGACCAACUCUAGAGUUUGUGGUCACCUAUAAUUUUUCCAUGUCAGAAAAAGGUUUGCUGUUUGAGAGGUUCACAGUAAACUGUUUUAAUUUGAUGAAGGGAAUUCUAUCCAGUGAUGUGUACAGACCAAUGAAAUCUCCAGAACAAACUGAUGCUGUCAAAAUGGCAGCAUAUAAAAUUAAGAUGGAUUUUUUUCAUUAUGGUACGCUACGUGAGAUUUGUCGCCGUCUCAUCUCACAGUACUUCCUGUUAACGUCAGAAGAUCUUAGUCACUGGGACGCUGAUCCAGAGGGUUUCUGUUUAGAAGAAGGUGGAGAUUCCUACAAGUAUUCACUUAGACCCAGCUCUGAAGUGCUGUAUCUUACCCUGUUUAAGGAAUUCAGAGCGUCCUUGAGCCCUGUUGUCCUUGAACUUGUACAAGCCGUACAGGCACCAUGUGAUCCUGAGGACAUGAUUGGGAUUCUCAGUAAAGAUGCAGUGUAUAAUGCAGUUGGUCUCUCAGCCUUUGAUCUGUUCGAUGAUGUGGAUUUUGACAAAUGGUUCUCUUCAGAGCUUCUUCAAGAACUCAAUAUAAAGCAUCAAAAUUACCGGAUAAUACACCGGAGGAUAAUCUGGCUGUGUGCACAUUGGGUCGGGGUCAAAAUGUCCUUCUCUCUGCGCCCCACCUUGUACCAGGCCAUCAUCUCUCUCCUGAACCAAUCAGAAGACUUGGUUGUCAGAAUCGAGUCAGCCAUGACUCUGAAAACUGCUGUAGAUGAUUUUGAAUUCAGUGUAGAACAGUUCUUACCAUAUUUGGAUUCCAUGUUUUCUCUGUUGUUUGAUCUCCUAAAGGAAGUGCAGGAAUGUGAUACAAAGAUGCAGGUUUUACAUGUGAUAUCUUUCUUGAUUGAGCGGACUGGUGGCCAGAUCAAACCCUAUGCUAGUUCCCUCCUCCAAUAUCUACAGAUUUUGUGGCAGGAGGCUCAGGAGCAUAACAUGCUGAAGUGUGCUAUCCUGACAACAUUGGUGCAUUUAGUCAAGGGCUUUGGGUCGACGUGUACAACAGUGUACGAGUUCCUCCUGCCUGUCAUUCAGAUCAGUACAGAUGUUACACAGGACCAGCAUGUUUACCUAGCAGAGGAUGGGUUAGACCUGUGGUUAGAGACCGUCAAAAAUUCCCCAGCUCCCAAUGACAAUCUCCUACAACUAUACAGAAACAUGCCAGGACUGCUGGAAAUGGGAACUGAGAACCUAAGGACCUGUUUAAAGAUCAUUGAGGCAUAUCUUCUCUUGUGUCCUCAACAAUUCAUGCAUCAUUUUUGUAACAGUCUUGCGUCGUCUCUACAUGGCUUAAUGAAAGACAUUCGAGAAGAUGGACAGAUAUUAAUAUUACGGGUAGUUGAAGUAGCGUUAAAAUUAUUUCCAAAGGAAGGACCAGAUAUAUUCUUGACCAUGUUUGUUUCAAUAGUGGAUUCAAUUCUAAAAGACAAGAACCAGUCUAUGUUGGUCUCCAUGAACUUGACUCUGUUUGGGAGAAUUGUCCUUCAGAAUCAAGAGUUCAUGUGGAAACUUCUCCAGCAGAUGGCGCCCCAGUACCAGGAGGAAGUGAACACUUUGUUUGGGGCUCUACUGGACAUCUGGUUUGACAAUAUGGAUUACAUUACACAGCCAGAGAGGAGAAAACUGUCUGCUUUGGCUCUGGCUUCAUUACUCUCUGUGAACUCCAGUCUGGUGGAUGAGAAGUUUGCGGGGAUUGUUACUCUGUGUGUGGGUGUGUUACACGAUGUGACUAGAAUACCAGUUGACGAUGAUCCUCUGUUACAGCUAGAUUCCCUGGUGAUCAGUGAUACAGAUCAGGGGACUGAGACAGAGGAGGAGGAGGUAGAGCAUGAGAAACGUAAACACCAGCUGUCUAAACAGGACCCAGUCCAUACAGUCCCCCUGAAGGAUUUCCUCAUCUCUCAGCUACAUCUGUGUAAAGAACAGCGAGGGGAAAAGUUUGACCUUCUGAUGAACCAGGUUGACCCAGAAAUUGUCCAACAGCUGACAGCGUUUACUAGGUAGUCAUGGAUACCUUGUUUCCAUAGUGAUGAUUUACUUCUUAUAGAAUUAUGGUGCUUGGAUUACUUUCUUACAUCAUACACUGUAUGUGAACACGCGCUGACUCAAGGAGUCUAGCAAAGUCUGAAUACCGGUAUUUUAAAAUACAUUUUUUCCAGGAAAUUGGAAAUUUGGGGGGUCAUUUUUAACUGCUUCAAGUGUUAACAUAAUAUUUCUUCAUGAUCUGCCCCAGGCUUUUGUCUGUUGUACGAUAAUCCAUUUCACAUGUACAUGUUUACUUGUAUGUGAGAAGUUUUGAAAGCAUUUUGUGUGUAUAGUAAUGGGAGUAAAGUGCCAGGAACUUUUUACCUGGGACCCAAUAUGUAAUACCAAUGUUAUCAUUGCUUGUUGUUAUUUAAAGUUCUUUUCUGCGACUUCUUUCAAAUUGUUACAGUGUGUUUUCAAAAUUAAAAUGCUUCAAUAAAAGACAAAAAACCAA